AUGGCCGCAUUCUUCGUCCUCCAACAACUACAACUACAACAGCAACUCGCCUCAACCUCGACCGGCUACCGGUUGUCCGUCUCGAGUACUACUCUCCAACCACCCACCACCACCACCAACAUGGACCUCGAAGCCCAACGCCCCCGCCCUCUCUCCUUCGUCACCUCCACAUUCGCGCCCGCCAUCCUCCCCCUCACCAUCUUCGUCGUCCUAACUUCCUCCACCGCCGCCCUCCUCGCCGCCGCCUACUUCGCUCUCUCCUUCCUCGUCCACAAAGUCGCCAGCCCCGCCGCCGUCGAGCACGCCAUAAUCGUCGUCAUGAUCCUCACCGGCACCUUCCUUCUACCCGCGCAUAUCGUCGUCACGAUGGAGUAUGCGCAGAAGCGCGCGAACGGUAGUGCCGGGGGCUCGUUGAGGCAGAGAUUGGGGGUGGCGGCGGUGCAGAGUUUGGUGGUGCUCAGGGGGGUUGUGUUUGGCGGGUUGUAUGCCGGGGCUUGGGGGAUUUUGGGGAUCUUGAUCGCGGCGGGCGUGGUGCAUCUACACUGA